AUGGACUUGAUUGAGUCUGCUGGCCUAGUCAAAACUGUUGUCCAUCUGAGUAAAUGCUAUGAAACGCUGGUCAAAGAGUUCAUAGUAAACCUCUCUAAAGAAAGGUCUGAUGAAGCUCAACCUGAGCUUAAAGUCUCUGAUAACAAGGUAUACCAAGUUAUCACUACAAACCAAGUUAGGAGUUGGCCAUUGAAAAGAAAAUUGUCUGCUAGUAAACUAAGCAUGAAAUAUGCAAUACUGCAUAAGAUUGGGGAUGCUAACUGGGUGCCAACAAAUCACACGUCUACUGUCUCAAUUGUUCUUGGAAGAUUUAUUUAUGUUGUUGGUACAAAAGCAAAGUUUGACUAUGGUACCUACAUUUUUGAGCAGACCAUGAAGCAUGCUGGUAGCUACAGUGUGAAAGGCCCUAUAGCAUUUCCUUAUCUCAUAUGUGACAUCAUCUUAAACCAGCACCCAGGUAUCUUGGUUGACAGUGAAUCUAUUUGCAAAAGGGAAAGUGCUCUGUCAUUCAAUUAUAAACUGUCUCAGGGAACACAUGUCCCAGACAUUGUCAUGACAUCAGCUGAGACAUCCAGGGGUGGAUCAUCAACUAGUAAAGCUGAAGUCAUAGCAAUGAUGAAAGAGACAUGCAAAGAGCUGGAGGCAAGGAAGAAAUCUCUUGAGAAGAUGAUCAACACUCUAGAGAAGGAUGGUAAUGAGGAUUUUGCAGGCACUGCAGGGACAGAAGCACAAUAUGUAUAG